GUCUAUCCAAAAUGAGUCAAAGAGCCUAAAGAAGUCUCUUAAGGACAUUGUAACAGAAAAUGAGUUUGAAAAGAGGCUUUUAGCUGAUGUUAUUCCACCUAGUGACAUUGGUGUUACUUUUGAUGAUAUUGGAGCUCUUGAAAAUGUCAAGGAUACGCUGAAGGAGUUAGUGAUGCUUCCUUUACAAAGGCCUGAGCUCUUUUGCAAGGGGCAAUUAACCAAGCCGUGCAAGGGCAUCUUAUUAUUUGGGCCCCCUGGAACAGGUAAGACAAUGCUUGCAAAGGCAGUUGCUACUGAAGCUGGUGCAAACUUCAUCAACAUUUCCAUGUCAAGCAUCACAUCCAAGUGGUUUGGUGAGGGUGAGAAAUAUGUAAAAGCUGUUUUCUCCCUGGCAAGUAAAAUUGCACCUAGUGUUAUAUUUGUUGAUGAGGUUGAUAGCAUGUUGGGCCGAAGGGAAAAUCCUGGGGAGCACGAGGCCAUGCGAAAAAUGAAAAAUGAAUUUAUGGUGAACUGGGAUGGCUUACGUACAAAGGAUACCGAGCGAGUUCUUGUGCUUGCAGCCACUAAUAGGCCUUUUGACCUUGAUGAGGCUGUCAUAAGGAGGCUGCCACGAAGAUUAAUGGUAAAUUUGCCAGAUGCUCCUAAUAGAGCAAAGAUAUUGAAAGUUAUUUUGGCAAAAGAGGACUUGUCUUCCGAUAUUGAUUUUGAUGCAAUCGCAAAUAUGACCGAGGGGUAUUCUGGAAGUGAUCUUAAGAAUUUGUGUGUAACUGCUGCGCACCGUCCGAUUAAAGAGAUAUUAGAAAAGGAGAAAAAGGAGCAUGCUGCUGCUCUGGCAGAGGGUAGACCUGCUCCAGCAUUAAGUGGAAGUUCCGAUAUCAGGUCACUAAACAUGGAAGACUUUAAACAUGCUCAUCAACAGGUAUGUGCAAGUGUGUCCUCUGAAUCCAUAAAUAUGACCGAGCUUUCGCAAUGGAAUGAUCUAUACGGUGAAGGUGGUUCAAGAGUAAAGAAAGCACUUAGUUACUUCAUGUGAGAGUUUCUCCAUUGUACAAAUGUUCCCCACCGGCGACCCUCCUUGAUGCCCCUUUGAAGCCUGCGUAUUCACUUGUCGUUGCUCUGGUCUGCUGAGGCUAGCAUGAGUUGGUGCUGAGCCCCAUUUCCUUUGUAAAAUGAAAUAUAGAUUUCUAAGUAAUUUGAUUUGUUAUGGAUGAUGGGAUUAUGGUGGGUUUUGAAAGAAAGUGGAGAAUUUUGGCCAGGCUCUGUUGCUUUUUGUUUUGUUCCUCAACCACUUUGCCACCAGCACAGAAGAAGAUCAUGUUGAUUUCUUAUUAUUUUUCUUUUAAUUGCAGUAUUAGAGGAGAAAGAUAAAGAGAGUCAUAUAUGAUUAUGACCCUUAUUAUAAGAGUAGUUGUCACACUCCUAAGUCCUAAUGUCAAAAAUAAUGAUUUUAGAUCAUGGACACAAGGUGACUAUUUUCUAUUUUAUAUUUUUUUGUAUAUACCAUCAUAUGCAUGACACAGCUAUGUCUUUCUGAAUCUAUAAGUCUACUACUUAUUUGAAAGAUUUCUUUGAUUCGACAUGUGACCUGAUACAAUUCUUUCAGUAUUAUUGAUUGCACUUUAUGGGAUUGGAAUUUUUAGUUGUAUAAGCUCUGCAUUUGUAAUAAUAUGCUAUGGAAUGGAUUGGACAAUUUUUCUUUUAA